AUGCAACCGCUCGAAUCCUUCGCAGACCGCAUAAAGCGCAAAUCCUCCGGGGCCUCCUCCACGGGAUCUCUCUCCAUCAAUCCAGACGCGCCAUCGCGCCUCCUCGCCCUCCCCUUGGAACUUCAAUUCCUCAUCUUCAGCUCUCUCGCUUUUGGCGACCUCGAGCGUUUGCGCAGGACGUGCCACUAUUACCGUAUGCUCCUGAGUCAUGAGUACAUCCGGGAACUCUUCGAAAAGUCCGAGCAGGGCGGGUUUCUCGGCCAGUUGACGAGUACUUGCCAGACGUGUCUCGAUGCCCCCGGACGGUCGGCACUGGUUUUGCAGCCUAGGCCACCUGUGUCGAGGGCUUCGCAGAGUCAUCCGCACCCGUUACAUCCAAAGAACCAUCCCACGGCUAAGUGUUUCCGGUGUGCGGUGCAGUCGCGGGAUUUGAGGGUCGGCACCACGGUUACCCUGGCCAAUUCGGGGAUUGCGUGGGUCUGCAGGUGGUGUGGUUGGCCUGUGGUUGGGCCGCAUAGUUGGGCGCAUGAGCAGUUUCAUGUCGGUUGCUAUGAUCGAUAUUGUCGGGUUUUGUGGAUAUUCAUGUGUUUGGGCUUUGCGCAGUUUGCCGUGGGCGUCGUGGCGGCUACCCUGGCGUUGAGGUAUUUUAAGGGUGAGAAGGUGGUUUUGGGGCCGGCGGUGGCAAGUUUCAUCCUGCUUUGGAUAUGCAUGACGUUCUUGGUCCUCAGGGGCAAUCGAGUUCGGACUUACCACUGGGUCGGGUUGCUCGAGCUGGCCAUCGUGGGUCUUUGGAUUCCGCCUAUUUAUGCCGUUUCGAAAGCUGUCCAACGGGAGAUUCUGGGUAGCUCAGUUGCUGCUUUGGCCUUCUUCGCUAUUAAUAUGAUCUUCCGCUUACUCAAUUUCAUUGGUAAUAUUGUUCUAAUGUUCGAGUACGACUUGACGAAACGUUAUGCUCCACAGAUACCUCUCAGGGGCAGACUGAUGAACCUUCUCAUGACUGGACUGGUUUAUUGGACAUAUCCGCAAUGCGUUGAGCAGCGGUAUCCGCCGGACUUCAACUGA